GCCUUCUGCCCUGCCGCGUCUGCCCACUCGUCUUGCAGUCGCGAGCUCACGUUCCUUAACGCCACACAUACCAUAGUCGCUCCUUUUACCCUGCAACAAAGCCACAAUACCUAUCCGCCUAUCAACAUACAGCUAAACUUUAAUUCUUACACUCGUAUUCUGACAGAGACCCACCAUCGAGCCUACACAGUACAACAACAAAACACAUACCAUGCGUCAAUCAACCACCCUUCUUUCCAUUCUUGCCAGCACUGUCUGCGCUGCUGAUAUCAUCAGCUUUUACUUCCCCGGUGGCUAUGAAGGUGCCGAUCCUGUCGCGACAAUCAACACUGUGAACCCAACAAUGACCGAAUUCCGCAUGGCAUGCCCCACUGGUGUAGACAGCUCAGAGUGUGGUUGGGGCCCUGGACUUGACGCGACGAUCCUUUCGCAAACACGCUACCAGGCCACUAUGGACGCUGCUGGUGUCUCCAUGAGCCUGGGCUGCGACUACAAUAAGAAAAAAGUCGAGAUGACAUGCACAGUAAAGCAGGAAGGUGGCAAUGACGACACUGGCGGUGAGCCCGUCACAGCGGUUUUCUCUAACGACGAUGUCAAGUUUUUGACCGUCGAUGUUGUAGCAGGAAAUAGCUUGCUGAGGACCGCAACAAGCACAGCACCCAGUGCUAGUGCGACAACUACCAAGACGAGCGCCCAAUCUACCUCGGUUGCAACCUUGACAAGGAGUGCGAGUACAGGACAGAUGACGGUCGAGUCUGUCAGCGAGACGGCCAGUGCGUCAGCCAGCGCAACUAUUAGCACCGCUUCUACUCCUAGUAUUGCGCCCACGCCAACAUCGAGCCAGUCUUCUGCAAGUGUACCUGAAAGCGCAAGUGUAACUGAAAGCGCAAGUGUACCUGAAAGCACUGGUGCCGCUGCCAGGUUCAGCAUCGAGGGCUCUGCGCUGCUUAUGCUUGCUGGUGCUGCGGCGCUCAAUGUAUGGUAAGCGUCUCCAGUAGACUUAAUGACUCAAUUACCCUUCAUAGCACUACAAGUCGUGAUUGAUUCUUGACCAAGUGUUUGCUACAGGGCAAGUACCUGAUUGAUGCACCUCCAUUCUGUCAAAGCCGGUUGUCCACUGUUCACACAGUUUUUUUGGAUAAUGUUCUUUUACCUCUACAUUCCACUUCGUAUUCCCCGUUAUUGUAUAAUAGGUUGAAUCGGUACUAGUAUUAUUGAAACCAUCACAUUUUUA